AUGGACGAUCAGCCGCCCGUGGACGGCCAAGAGGACACUCUCGGCGGCAUCGAGGGCUCCCCGAACAUGGCCGGCGGACAUGGCUUCGAGAACGGCAACCACCGUCCACACCCGUCGCAAUCAUUCGACUCAGCCAUGGCUGAUGCACCCUACUCCCCAGACGAAAUGGACCCUGCAGCACGGUACACCACUCCUCCCAUCCCACAGAAUGCCCAAGCAGGCUCGAAUAUCUCCAGACCGCCCUCACAGGUGUCCAGCCAGGGCUAUGGGGAUCGCGCGUCCGCAGGCGUUCCCUCAGAGCCAGGCGCCGCAAACGGCCGAAACCAUGUCGUGAUAAAAGUCGGGAUGGUGGGAGAUGCGCAGAUCGGCAAGACGUCGUUGAUGGUCAAAUACGUCGAGGGCAGCUGGGAUGAGGACUACAUUCAGACGUUGGGCGUCAACUUCAUGGAGAAGACAAUCAGCAUCCGGAACACGGAGAUCACAUUCAGCAUCUGGGACCUGGGCGGACAGCGCGAGUUCGUGAACAUGCUGCCUCUUGUCUGCAAUGAUGCUGUCGCCAUCCUUUUUAUGUUCGAUCUGACGCGCAAGAGCACUCUGAACAGCAUCAAAGAGUGGUACCGCCAAGGACGUGGCUUCAACAAAACGGCCAUCCCUAUCCUGGUCGGCACCAAGUACGACCACUUUGUGAACUUCCCACGUGAGGACCAGGAGGAGAUAUCGAAUCAGUACACAGGCGCGUCGUUUCGCAAAGGCAAUGCGCGCGCUGCCCUGAUUUUCAGUAGCACUAGUCACAGUAUCAACGUGCAAAAGAUAUUCAAGAUUGUGCUGUCCAAAGCUUUCGACUUGAAGUGCACAAUACCCGAGAUCGAGAACGUCGGCGAGCCACUCCUCCUCUACCAAAACUGCUAG